AUCCAAACCACGGUGCUUCCUCUGACGGGUCACGUGGUGCGGAUGCCCUUCUAACUGUGCGACAGAAAACAUGGCUGCGCUCUUGAGAUCAGCGCGUCUGCUCAAAUUUUCGCCUUCGGGCCUGCUUCAGAUCACAGGGACCAAAAGAAACGGACCGCCGCUCAGCCGGCUGUACAGCGGAACUCUUGGCGGCACCAGGACCGGAGUUUGUCCCCGAAACAUCAACCCUGCGGCGGGAAACGCGUCCAGUCGUGUGUGGCCUAAUGCAGCUGGGUGUGUGCGUAAGUAUUCUGUGGUGACAGAGCAGAAGGAUGAAACCAGCGUGGCGGUCCAGUCCAAGCAGGCGCAGGAGUUCGACUGGGCUCUGGCCAAGCUGGACAGCUCCGUGAGGAGGACCGGUCGCAUCACCAAGAGCCUGCUUCUCCGCAUCUUCCAUGAUAUCUGCAGGAAAGGUUAUCCCAGUGGUAAUCAGGCCUUGUUACUGCUGCGUAGCUGUGGGUCCCUGCUGCCUGAGGUACCCCUGGCAGAGCGCACAGAGCUGGCACACCGUGUCUGGGAGAAGCUGAAUGAGUUGGGUGCUCAAUACGAUGUCAGUCACUACAACGCCUUGCUGAAGGUUUACAUCCAGAAUGAGUUCAAGUUCUCCCCCACUGACUUCCUGGGCAAGAUGGAGGCAGCUAAUGUCCAGCCCAACCGAGUUACAUACCAGAGACUCAUUGCAUCCUACUGCCUAAACGGAGAUAUUGAGGGAGCCAGUACCAUUUUGGGUUUCAUGAAGACCAAAGAUUUACCCAUCACCGAGGCUGUUUUCAACUCACUGCUAACAGGCCAUGCUCGUUCAGGGGACAUUGAGAGUGCUAAGAACAUCCUGGCUGUGAUGAAGGGAGCAGGAAUUGAACCAGGUCCCGACACUUACACAGCACUCCUGAACGCUUACGCUGAGAAGGGAGACCUGGACAGCCUGAAAGCGACUCUGGUGACAGCGGCCAGUGAUGACUGCAGCCUGAUGGACAGGGACUUGAUGCAGGUCAUCUACACUCUGGCAAAGGCCGGACACCAGCAGCACAUACCAGAGUUGACCGAGCGCUUGAGGCAAGAGAGGGGUUUUGUUCCAGAUGCUAUGAACUUGUGCCUGAGCCUCAUCACCCAGGGCAUGGAGGACUCAGCUUUUCACAUCCUGAAGACUUUCCCCGUACUGCAGUCUGAUAGCCUCACCACUGACUCCCCCAACCUGGGCAACUUCUUCCUCAGACACUGUGUCAACAUGGACACGUCACUGGAGAAGUUGGGUAUCUAUUGCAAAGCGCUCCAGGAGUUAAAUCUGCAUGCUGCACCACUCAGCUUCACCCUGUCAUGUGCUCUGGAGGCCAAUAAGUCUGGUAUGUCUUUUGCGCUGAUGAAGAUGAUGAAGGAGCAGGACUUACCUGUAAGAAUUCACUACUUUUGGCCGCUUCUCACUCAUUAUAUGAAAGACAUGGACACAUCUGGUGUGGCUGCGGCAUUGAAGUGCAUGCAGGAGCUGGAGUUGUCCCCCGAUUCCGAGACUUUAACCAACUACAUCUUGGCCAUCUACCCCAGCAUGGAAGCAGCUCGACAGGCCCUCCAGGAUGCAGGUAUGUCUUUGCAGUCGGAGGGCGUCUUGUCUUCAGAGGUUCGCUCGGUGGCUCUUAAGAGCUUGGCUGAACUCUACAUUCUGUUGUCCGAUCCCUCCUUCCCCCCGUUGGACCUCAGUUUUUUCCGCGGCAGCCUUAUCCUGGGCUUCAGAAGGUCUGAUGACGUGGAGACCAUGGUGAAGAUUACAGAGCUCUUGUACAAUGAUGAGCGCUUCACAAAGGGAACCAACAUGCCUGCUGAAAAGGUUUCCUACUUGUUGUACAAUCUGAUUGACAGCAUGUCAGACGAUGACGUGCAGGCACAGGAAGAGAAACUGCGGAAAUACUUCAAUCAGCUAAAAGCUAAGAACAUAACUAUCUCACAAAACAUCUUCAGAGGAAUCAGGAAUCUUCUGGACUCCUACCACGUCCCAGAGCUCAUCAAGGAUGUGAUCGUUCUGGUGGAUCCCAAAGAACAAGGGCAGAAUAAUCCUGUAAUACCUGUUAAACGUCAUGUGGGAAUUGCUGCAAAGGUGUUUGCACUUGAGAAGAAACUGGCUGACCUGAAAGCUGAGAACCAACCAAUAAGCGCAGUUCUCAGACAACUCAUCCACACUCUCUGUGCAGAGGAGAACCUUCAGCGCGCCCUCGAGGUGAAGCAGCAGCACGAGGAGGCCAUGACCAUCGGCAGCUAUGCAGUCCUCCUCAACCUGUGCUGUCGCCAGGACAAUGUGGACGAGGCGGUCAACCUGAAGCGGGAAAUGAGCCGCAAGGAUUCAUCACUAGUGUUGGAUACCGGUAAAUACCUGGGACUCGUCAAGACCCUCUCAAAGCAUGGAAGAUUGGAGGAGGCGGUGGACAUCCUGAAGGAGAUGAAGGAGAAGGAGGUGCUGAUCGAUGACACACAAGUCACCGUGAUUUUUCACAUACUUAGCAGCUUAGCAGCCAAAGGCAACACCGCCACCAUCCAACGUCUGCAGGAAACCAUCUUCACCCUCGGACUGGCCAAGCCCACCACCAAUCUCUGCUCACCUUUGAUUAGUGCCUACCUGGACAGCAAGGACCUGUCUGGAGCUCUAGACGCAGUAAUGGCGUGUCAUGACCGCUACAAGUUCCUGCCUCGCAUCCAUGACAUCAUUGUCGGCCUGGUGGAGGAAGGAAACACCGAACUGCUGCAGAAAGCCAUGGACUUUGUGAGUCAGAAACGUGGAGAGAUGACCAUGCUGUACGAUCUGUUCUUUGCAUUCCUCCAGACAGGCCGCUACCGUGAGGCUCGGAAGAUCAUUGAGACCCCUGGACUGAGGGCAAGGCCAGGACGCUUGUAUUGGUAUGCAGAGAAAUGCAUUUCUGCCAACAAGAUGGAGUCCUUGGAGCAGAUGGUGGACUUAACGACCAAGCUGUUUGAGUGCGACAGAGACGAGAUGUACAGUUACAUCCUCCGUCUCUGCAAGGAGACAAACGACUGGAAGAAGGCAGAGGUCGUGUGGACAAAGAUGCAGGAGGAGAACGUUGUUCCCAGGGACAGGACCCUGCGUAUGCUGGCAGACAUACUGAAGAAUAAUGGCCAGGAGGUUCCCUUUGACAUACCUGAGACCUGGUAUGAACAAAUUGACACCACACCGAAGGAGAAGCCUGCAACAAAUACCGUCACACAACAACAAACACCAACACAGGUUGGUGCCGAACGCCAGGUCCACCUGCUGACCCUCUGCAAAAAGGGUAAAGUCAAAGAAGCCUUUGAAUUAUUGAAGGAUAGCAAAGAAAGAGGUUUGGUAUUCAGCCCCAGCAUUUAUGACCAGUUGAUCCGAUCCCUGCUUGCCGAGGGAUUCAUGGAAGACGCCAUGGCAGUCAAGGACAUUGCUACGUCACAUCUGCCGACCUUCCAGCUAAGUGAUACCGCCACCAGCCUGCUCAUCGUCACACUGAGCAAGAGAGGCCUGACUCAAGAUGCUCUUGAGAAACUGAGGUCCAUGCUGUCUGAAGACCGGGUGCCCACGCAGCUUUCUCUCACCAGACUGGUUCAGGCCCUGGGUAACAGUGGCAACGUGGCUGGGAUCAAGGAAGUGGAGACUCUGUUGAAGAACCUCGGCAUGAACAUCAACAUGUCCAGCAUUGUGUUCGUCAACAACAUAGCCCUGGCACACAUCAAGAAUGGUGAUAUGGACUCUGCAGUGGAGGUGUUGGAGGAACAGUACACUAGACCAGACAGUGUGAAGCCCAGUAUUGCCUUCGUCUUCCGCAAGGUCUUGGAAGAGAACAAUGAAAAAGCCAUAGACAAGUUGAGUGUGAUGGCAGAACGGCUAGCCAAUCAUUUUGCCUGCUACAGACCGGCUACAGACCUUUUCCUCCAGCUGCUGGACAUCGACAAAGUCGAGGACGCCAAGUUCAUGCUGGCUCGCUGCAACGCCGUGGCUGAACAGAAGGAGAUGCUGGUAUCCUACAUGUCUCGGAAGGCUCAGACUCCUGGACAGGUUGGAAAGAUCAAGACCCUGAGGAGCCUGAUUCCAAACUUCACUGAGAAGGAACUUCUGUACUCAUACCUGAUGAAAUGUCAUUUUCUGGAUAAGGACUUACCGUCAGCCAAGGCUCUGUACGAGCAGAUGCAGAAGGAGGGGAUAGCCGCAGAUGAGCUGUCACUCAAACGACUGGCUACGCUGCUCCGCAGCGAAGGAGAGACGGUGCCCUUCACUGAGCCCCCCGAAAGCUUUAAGUUUUACGCAGACAAGCUGAAAGAAAGAGCUGAAAAGUCCCAGAUGAUGGCAAAGGAAUAAAGAUUCAUCGUCCUCAUUUUACUUCCAUCCAAGUCCCCGCUGUCUUCUUCUCCUUUUCCUUUUUUACAUAAGUUGUUUGAGCUGAAAUGUUUUUCGUGUAAUAGGUGUUGGGUGUUACAUCCUGUUCACUGCACCAAUGAUGAUCAUGAUGAAGAUGAUGUUUCGAAAUGUACAGAAGUAUUUAUGCAAAUAAAUGAUGUUAGGAAUACA